GAUGAGAACGGCAUCCGUACCGUCAUCGAGUACACCACGAACGAUGAGGGGAAGAGGAUCACCCGCCGGACGAAGCGCACCCUCCAGAAAUCCGUCGUCGACCAUCAGGUCGCGGAGCGCAAGAAGUGGGCCAAGUUUGGCCAGGAGCGCGGGAACAAGCCCGGUCCCGAUCCCUCGACGACGACCGUUGCUGAAGUCGUGUCUCUCAAACAGUCCUCGGAGCCUGAGGAGAAGCCCGCGGAUGCGGCGCCGAAGCUUGUGGGCCGCAAGGUCGUCUGCCGUCUUUGCAAGGGCCAGCAUUUCACUGCGAAGUGUCCUUACAAGGACCAGCUGGGUGGUCUCGAUGCUGCCGACGCUCCUCCUCCCGACGAGGACGCACCUGCUGGAGAGCCCUCAGCUGCCCCCGGCAAGCCCGGCGGUACAGGCGGAGGUGUCUACGUUCCCCCCUCCUUGCGCGCGGGCGGCCGCGCCGCUGGCGAGUCCAUGCGCGGCGCCGGCGGCCGCGACGACCUCCCGACCCUCCGCGUCACCAACAUCUCCGAGGACACGCAGGAGAACGACCUGCGCGAGCUGUUCGGCGUCUUCGGGCGUGUCGCGCGCGUGUACGUCGGCCGCGACCGCGAGACCGGCCAGGGCAAGGGCUUCGCGUUCGUCAGCUUCGAGGACCGGGCGAUCGCGCAGCGCGCGAUGGAGAAGGUCAACGGGAAGGGCUACGACAACUUGAUUCUGAGCGUGCAGUGGAGUCGUGAGUGCAGUCGCUUUUUUGUGGUUGCUGGAGUACUAAAGAUUGCGCAGAGCCGAGACCCGAACAGCGUUGAGGGGUCUGAGGAUUUCUAUCUGCCUGUACUUUGUGUACGACUGUAUCUGUACCAUGGGUCUGCAGGGCCUUAUGCUAUGUGCUUGCUUGCAUCCUCGGUCAUCCCUUUUGGGAAUGUGUAUCUCGCGAAACCAGCCAUCCUUUCGAGCCACCAUUAUGUACCCCUUGUAAUAUGA